AUGUCUGAUCUAACUGUUCUGUUUCAGAAUUGCGUUCAUAUCUACGAACAAACAGGUGAUAUACGUACGAAAUCUGCAAGAAAAACAGCUAAUGACGAAAACAAACCCCAAGAUACUCUUCUGAAAGAGGCAUUAGAGGUGAGCAAGUUCUUGUCACAUAUACUCAAAUUCAUCAAGAGUGUCAGAAAACCUUACCUCCUAUCAUCAACCGUAAGCCGUCAGAAUCAGAAGGAAGACGAGUCGUUGACAGAAGAUCAGAAAGAUAAAAUCGACGAGGAGAUCAACCUUCAAUUGCAUAAAAUAUCCCAAAAGAUCAAGUUCUUGGAAACAUACGAGGACAAGCAUUACCAAAAUAUGAUUCAGAACAGAACUCUACCAAGCUACUUGGGCAAAAAGAUGAUGCAUUCGCACAGAGUAGAAGAACAGGAACUGUAUGAGGACACCAUGAGAAGGUUCAAGAAACAGGUGCUCACAUAUCUUACCAUGAGUUUGAAGGAAACUUCCACCUCGUUUAUGGAGAUGAAACAGCAAAGGUUGAGUAAAAAAAGGGAGCUUCAGAAGUCAAAUUUUUUUGCAGACUCUUUGCUGGAGGAGAAUGAAAUCGAAGAUGAUCAUGUGUCUGAAGAUGAACAGGCAGAAGAACCUAACGAGAGCUUUCCACCAGCAAGUAGCCAGCAAUUGCAAAUAUUGGAACAGGAGAAUACAGAAUUAUUGUUGGCAAAUAAGAACAAAGAGCUUGCAAAGGCAAAGUCUCUGGAAAAUUCCAUUAUGGAUAUCACGGGGCUUAUCAAUGAAAUAUCUCUGCAACUAAGUGACCAGUCUUCAGCUAUCAGUCAAAUGAUGGACAACCAUGAGGACGUUCUACAAGAUGUGAAGUUGGGUAAUCUAGAGCUACUGAAGACCCGAGAUAGAAAUUCUAAAAGCACAAAAUCCAUUGUCACCAUAAUCAUGGCAUUGAGCAUAUUUUUACUGGUGGUUGACUUUUUGUUUUAG